GUCCAGACGUGGAGAUUUGGAGAGGAGAACAGGCAAAUCUGAUUUCCUCGAUUUCCAGAGGAAGGGCUCCCGACUGGAGUUUGGGGCGAGUUUGGCUGGGUGUGGCCGGUCUGUACUUAGAAUUGAACGGCCGCUGACAGACAGGCUGGGACCCUCAAAUGUCUGUGCUCUAGGAGGAUGGGAUGGAAGCAGGGGCUGCUCGCCUCGUGAAUCCCCCACCUCACCCCGAGACCAACCCAGAGGCCAGACACAGACUGGCACCCCUCAGCCCUGGGUGCAGACACCCCCUGAAUGGGCAGCAUCUCUCCGGCUGUGGAGCGACAACCGCCCCGGACCGGGAAGCGCCCAGUGGGAUUCCGGACGAACAGCCGGCACCGGACACCGAGAGCUCUGGCCAGGCAGCGGACGGGACCACAGCUCUGGGGCUGGAGGAGCCCGGUGGCCAGCUGCCCAUCAUGAACUGGGAAGCCCUGGAGAGCCACAUAGCGGGCCUGCAGCUGCAGGAAUCGGAGAGGAGAGCCCGCGAAGGACCCCGGCUCCAGCCGAUGGAGACACCACCCUCGCCCACGGGCCGGAGGCGGUCGGAUGGGACACAGCGGCUUGUCUCCUGGCACCGGGCAGACAGCACGGCCUGGAAGGCGUUGGGAGCCACCAUCGGCUGCGAAUCCAGGUUCCACAGUCGGAUGAACCUCCGGCUCUGUUUUACCAACGACAGCGACAGUGACAAUGAUACUGGGGAUGCCAGUGAACCGUCUCCUGAAGACCCCGCACCUGAGCUGGCGGCUGGAGAAACCUCGGAGGCUGAGAGAGCUCUGCUCGCCCACAAGAGGGAGCUGGAACGGGAGGCCAAGCGGAGCCUUGCCCUGGUCAAGAGGCAGCUCGACCUGGAGAGGCAGCGGCAACAAGAGCACGCGUCCCUGGGGAGAGGGCCCCUGACUCCCAGCGACCUGUGGGAGAUGUCUCUGCUCCAGCUUCAGGAUCUACGGGCCAGUGUCUUCACUAAGAUUCACUGCCUGAACACCCAGCUGAUGGAACUAUUGGAGGUGCGUGAUGACCUGAAGACAGAGCAGGAUGCCAUGCUGGUGGAAAUUGGGGACUUAACGCAUUGAGUUCAACUCUGGGUUCUUUGUAAGAGCACCGAGGGAAUUUGUCGGGUUUAUGAGGGGGGCCGUUAACUGUGGCAAAUUUGCUGCCAGACUGGGAACCGGAUCAGAUUCCUGACAGCGGAUGAGACGGUGCUAGUUCCAGGACAUGCGUCGUAGGUUUCCCGGAAUAUGCACCUUCAGAGCUGCACGGUUGGAUCUCUGCCCCCACUCCAAAGUUCGGAGCCUGCAUACAGACCAAAGUCGGCCACUUGGCCCCUUGACUUUGCACUGCCCAUCUCCCUGCUGGUUACAAACUUCAGACUCACCCAACUUCCUUCUCACCUUCUUGCCUUCCCUAAUGGUGAUCUGGGAACGUGCCGAGUUUGGGGCCUGUCCAGUGAAGUGGGAACUGGAGCCAAACAAUGAUGUUCUGUGGGUCAGCCCAGACAGAGGGUAUCAGCCGGAAAACUCAACUGUCUAUUUCCCUCCUUAGAGCUUCCAACCCACUGACUUCCCCCCUCCCCUAUCCUCCUCUACCCCUAGCCCCUCUACCCCUACCCCUCCCUUUCCCCUUUCUCUCCCACCCUCACCCCCCUCUUCACCUCCUACCCCCCUUCCAAUCUUGGCCCCUCUACCUCUGAUAUGAAGCCUGAGUAUUGUCCCGGAAAUGGAGGAUUUACUCCAGAAAGCUAUUGUGGACUAGAAAACCCGGGAGGAUGUAUUCCACGGAUAUGGGAAGCUGGGGCUGGAUCGGAGGGAAGGAACAGAAUUUGCCAGAAUCCCAAGCGACGCCAACUCCCUACAGCCCUCUCAAACAUCCCAGGGGAUCCCAGAUCGGGAAAACCAAGUGGACAAAGGGAUGGGAGCAUGUGUUCCAUGCUGUUUGUCUGUGAUUUCUUUCUUAAAAUGUGUAUUUUUUUUAAGUUACUGGUUCCUUCAUGUUAACCCAGCUGGGCAUGAAAGGCAGAAAUAAACUGUUUA